GCUAGGCGGGCCCCGGGACCGCCCGGCCCCGGCCCACCCCGCCGCCGGGAUGUACGAGGGCGUGGACGUGGCGGGCUUGACCCCCGGCCCCUUCCUCGCCAUGGACUUCUACAGCCAGGGCCGGGGCUGCCUCCUGCAGGACAAAGGCAUCGGCACCCCCGGCCCCUACGGCCCACCCGGCCGCAGCCAGCUCUGGACCGGCUCCAGCCACUCCAUAGAGACGCAGAGCACCAGCUCUGAAGAGAUCGUCCCCAGCCCCCCAUCUCCACCCCCGCUGCCUCGGGUCUACAAGCCCUGCUUCGUGUGCCAGGACAAGUCCUCGGGCUACCACUAUGGGGUGAGCGCCUGCGAAGGCUGCAAGGGCUUCUUCCGCCGGAGCAUCCAGAAGAACAUGGUGUACACGUGCCACCGGGACAAGAACUGUAUCAUCAACAAGGUGACACGCAACCGCUGCCAGUACUGCCGCCUCCAGAAGUGCUUCGAAGUGGGCAUGUCCAAGGAGUCACUGCUGACCCCACCUGCCUUCUGCUGUCCCCACACAGCUGUCCGGAAUGACAGAAACAAGAAGAAGAAGGACACGCCUAAGCCGGAGAGCUCGGAGAGCUACGUGGUCACGCCUGAGGUGGAGAACCUCAUCGAGAAGGUGCGCAAGGCUCACCAGGAUACCUUCCCCGCCCUGUGCCAGUUGGGCAAAUACACUACGAAUAACAGCUCGGAUCAGCGGGUCUCACUGGACAUCGACUUGUGGGACAAGUUCAGUGAGCUGUCCACCAAGUGCAUCAUCAAGACAGUGGAGUUCGCCAAGCAGCUCCCCGGCUUCACCACGCUCACCAUUGCCGACCAAAUCACCCUUCUCAAAGCUGCCUGCCUAGACAUCCUGAUCCUGCGGAUCUGCACACGCUACACGCCGGAGCAGGACACCAUGACCUUCUCGGAUGGGCUGACCCUGAACCGCACCCAGAUGCACAACGCUGGCUUCGGGCCCCUCACCGACCUGGUCUUCGCCUUUGCCAACCAGCUGCUCCCACUGGAGAUGGAUGAUGCUGAGACGGGGCUGCUCAGUGCCAUCUGCCUCAUUUGUGGAGAUCGUCAGGACCUGGAGCAGCCGGACAGGGUGGACAAGCUGCAGGAGCCACUGCUGGAGGCACUCAAGGUCUACGUGAGGAAGAGGAGGCCUAGCAAGCCCCACAUGUUCCCCAAGAUGCUGAUGAAGAUCACAGACCUGCGCAGCAUUAGCGCCAAGGGUGCGGAGCGGGUGAUCACACUGAAGAUGGAGAUCCCUGGCUCCAUGCCGCCCCUCAUCCAGGAGAUGCUGGAAAACUCGGAGGGCAUGGACACACUGGGUGGGCAGCCGGGUGCUUCCCGCAUGGGCAGCUUGGCCCCACCCCCCGGCAGCUGCAGCCCCAGCCUGUCACCCAGUUCCAACAGAAGCAGCCCGGCCACCCACUCUCCCUGAUGCUGUGGCUGAUGCUGGGACCAGGACGCCACCAGUGCUCUCUGCCCCCAGGACAGACGGAUGGAUGGACAGACACGCAGCCCUCGGAAACUGCCGGGCGAGCAGUGUUCCCCCUCCUGCUGUGCCGUGGGGCCCUGGCCCCAGCUCCUUUCUGUCUGUACCAGCACACACAGUGUCCAUGGCUUCAAGCAACCCUGGGCUCCGGGGUUCUGUGCCUGACUUGGGAUGAACUCCGCAGCAGAGUCUGAACUGCAUGACCCGGGCCGGCCCUCACAGACCAGCUCCUGCCUCUGUGAAGGCGGGGAGGGGAGCAGCAGGGGGCUCUGCUCUCGCUCUCUCCGUGGGGGGGUGGGACACUCGCUCUGGGCAGUGUCCAUUGAUAUAGGACUGAAGUUCACCAGGAUGGAGCAGAAACACCUGUAAACUGUUCAGCAGCAACCGUUGCAGCCAGCCAGCACCCCCUCCUCAGGCCAGCGCUCCAUUCCCCCCUUCCCCACCGCUCACGCUCACUCGCACGCUCUCCCACCCCUCACAGCACCCCGAUCCUCAGUCGGGGAGGGAAACCAUGUGCCCCCCGGCCCUGCCUUGGUGGUGAUGGUGGUGGGGACACUGCACCGACGUGAAGAUGAAGUGUUUUUU